AUGACUUCCUCAACCGACAGCUUCCAAAACGUCGCCUUUGAGCUUCCCCAAGUCGACCUCAGCGAUUUGGACUUUCUCGCCGGGCUCAUUUCUCCGUCAACUGUUUCUGAGCAGAGCUAUUCUAGUCCCAACUUCGCUCCUAGCUCUGGAUACAACUCGGCCGCCUCAGACUUUCCCGUCCACUAUUCUUCCUCUUCAUCUCCCUCUUCUUCUAACAGCUCUCCUGGAAACCCCAUCCCAUCAGCAGCUCCAGUCAACGCUUCCUACUAUCACUACCCAUCCCCAGCUCCUUCUCCCCACUACAGCCCCGAGCAAUUCUACCCCCAGCAACAGUACUUCUUUCCUUCUACCUUCUCUCCGACCGACUUCAAUCCCCAAGCCCUCCAAUCCUCGAUGAACUCCUACCUCAGCACUCCUCCAAGCUUCCACCCUUCUCCCCAACCCCAGCCGCUCAAAAUCGCCAAAUCAGCUUUGAAAAACCGCCGUGCUUCCCGCUCCAAGUGUCCCUGCUUGAAAUGCUGCCACGCCCGCGCCAACCAAAUUCCUUCUCCGACUUACCACGCUUGCGUCGUCAAAAACUGCCAGAAAAGCUACACUCGGCCUGCUCAUCUUCGAAGCCACCUGAAAUCGCACGAUUCUGACGGGCAAUUGAAAUGCGAUCUUUGCUGCGCCAACUUUCCGACUUCCGAUUUGCUGAUUUCGCACAUGUUUGAGCAUGGAAAGCAAAUGAAACUGUAA